AUGGCUCACGUUGGCAACUACGAUCUUGUUUGGCGGGUUGUUGCAGGAAAUGGAGAAAUAGCGGAACGUAAAGCGAAAAAAGUCGACGACGAAGAUGUGAGAAAUCCGCAGACGAGCGAUGUUGGACGUCGACUGGACCUUAGCAUGUUGUCUAUCGAAGAGAACUGGCUGAGUGAGUCACUUCAACAAGAAUCUUUCCAGUACUAUUCUAUCACCGUUUUGAAUCUCAACGACUGCGGUCUUAAAAGUAUUCCGAAUUUCAUCUGCAAUGUUACCAACGUUGUUCGACUCCGAAUACACUCUAACGAUCUCAAGACGCUGCCAGACACCAUCGGUGAUCUGCGAUACUUGGAAAGGCUCUCAGCGUAUGGAAACCAGUUGGAGUCUCUUCCCCGGUCUUUGUACAAGCUGCGCCAGCUAAAGAUUUUGCGUUUGGGAGGAAACAAGCUGCACAAUAGAGAUCUAGACAGAAUCCAAGGGAUGGUUGGACUCCAGCAGUUAUAUUUAAUACAAAAUCAAUACAUUACAUCUAUUCCACGUGACCUGAAUCUUAUGGACAACCUUACCGAGCUCAAUGCAGAUGAUUGUGGUAAUAGAGCUCUAGCUCCUGUACCUAGAUGGAGAGGUAGAGCUGUACAAAGAUUGUCGAAGUUACCUGAACCAUCAAGAUAUGAGGAGACAAGAUCCAGUGAGCUGACAGAUGAAACAAAACCAUUUGCAAAGGCAUUACUAGAUGACAGGUUGUGCCAUUGAAGAGGAUGUUAGACAUAUGCA